AUGGAGGCCAUGCUUACCAGUGAGGAUGCUGCAAAUGUUGUGGGCUCGCCGGCGGCGACCUUCGUUUGCUUAGGGAUGGCCUUGGAAGAGAAGCCAAAGCUGCAGCCAGCUUCAGUCAGCUGCUACGAGAAGGCCUUAGAGUACGUGGGCCGUCCGGGCCACCCAGAACCCUGGGAGCACUGCGUUCUGCUGCAGCAGCUUGGGGCGGUCUGCCUCAGGCUCGGUCGCCUGAGGGAGGCAGACAAGUGGCUUGAAGACUGCAGCCGUGUUUGUGAGGAGGCAGAUGGCCAUCCUCGUGAUGCCGUCCUCUUCCAGCGGAGCUUCUCUACUUCCCAAACCAGGCUCGAGUUCGCAUCGAUGGUCGCCAAGCUGCGGGCGAAGACCUCUAUGGAUAUGGGCAACGAGACGCGGGCCAGAGAGUUUGUGGCAGAGGCCAAAGCACUGCAGGCCGCCCUCUCCGGCGACGCGGUGGAACGCCAGGAAGCUGGCCGGCCGAGGGCCAAGACAGCGACCGAGGAUGCAAACAAGCAACUUUGGGCGGAAGAGCCGGCAGAGGAGGUGAUCCUCAAGGAGUAUCGGUUCAUGGACGAGGGCCCCACCGUGCUGGUCAUGCUGGACCUGAACGAGCACACGGGCUUAGGCAUCGAAGCUUCGGAGUCGGUUUCGUCCCUGCGGCAAUUCCGGGUGAACUGCCAGGAGAAAGCCGUGCAGAUCGACAUGCGGCUUCGACGGUCGGAUGGACGCGUUAGCCAGUAUAGACUGCCCCUGGAGCCUUUGGCGCACGAGAUCAUCCCAGAGGAUACGGUGCCGAAGCUCCGAGGGAAGGAAGGCAAAAGGCGGCUGGAGGUCAAGCUCUUCAAGCGUGAGAAGGAUCGCCGCUGGUAUGGGGAUCUCGUGAGCGGGACGCCGCCCGUGGCGCUUCAGACGAAGGCUGCAGCACCAGCCAGCAAAGCGCCAGCCAAGGGCACGAUCCUGAAUCCCCUGACGGCGGAGGAGAUCGCGAAGUUGCCGAAGCCGGGCGACAGCACCGGUUACAACCGUCCGAGCUCCUUUCGAGCGAGCGAGAUCGAGGCUCCUGCUGGAUCUCCCUCCCCGGCGGCGGAGCAACCGGCGCCGGAGCCCGAGCCCAGCAAAGAGCAGAGCCAAAGCUCUCCCGCCUGGGUCGCCGAGGUUUUGAGGGAAGAAACCCACGUGUCGAUUCUCCUGAAGGUGCGCCUAGAUGACUCCUUGGAGUCUGUCAGUCUGGACAACUUAGCCUUGGAUGUCAACGACUCCCAGCAGAUCCUGACCUUGCAACUUCACGGCCCGUCGGCAUCGGCGGAGGUGCUCCGUCUACCUUUGCCACGUGUCCGCGGUGACGGAUUGGAGGCAAAGUGGAGGAAGAAGUCGCGCACUCUCGAGCUGCGCCUCCCGCGAUCCGCUUA